AUGUCCGGCAUCCGGUUGGCUGGUUCCGCUCUCCGCGAGCUUCGAAUUCAUUUGUGCCAAAAGUCCGAUGCAAGCAAAGGAGUCCGUGACUUUUUAUUGAAGGAAUAUGCCCCGUUGAAGAAGAGUAAUGCUGAUUUCCCGAUCUUGAUCAGAGAGUGUUCGGGUAUUCUACCUAAGGUUUGGGCUCGGUGAGUUCGUUUUGUUUUUUGGAUUAUUGUUUAGGAAGUUGAAUCUUGCGGUAAGGGUUUUGCUUUGGGUCGAGUGAGGCUUACUAGAAUGGACGUUUAGUUCUUUAGAAACUUCCCGCAUUUGGUUAGGUAACUAAAGUGUUGACAUUUUAUGAUUUAUCUCAGAUUACUUUAACAUAGUAAGUGUCAGGUUGAUUUAUCGAGUUUUGAUCGGAGAUUGGAAAGGUCCCCGCGGAGUUUGUAUUUUUUUGUACAACGUUUACUUGAUUUACUGAUUAUUUUUCGUUUUAGGUACGACUUUGGCGUUGAACGAGUAGUUGAAUUGGAAAAUAAGUCCGCCGAUCAAGUCCGAGCCGUCAUUAGCGAUCUGGCUGCCUCGCGGUAG